AUGUCACUUGUCAAUGGGACGGCGAAGGAGGUGCGAGUAAGCCUCCUCGGUAAAGAGAGCAUAAUCAUCAACUUUGGACUAUGGCGCAAUUAUGUGGCCUCGGAUUUACUCACGAGCCUUGAGUCAUCCACUUAUGUUUUGAUCACCGACACCACUCUGGGAUCGUUGUAUGUCAGAUCUUUCCAGGAAGCAUUCGAGGCAGCAUCACAGCAGAAAUCGAGCCCGUCACGGUUGCUGGUGCAUCAGAUCCCGCCUGGUGAGAGUUCAAAAUCUCGACAAACGAAAGACGAUAUCGAGGAUUGGUUACUCAGCCAGAGCCCACCAUGCGGUCGAGAUACAGUUAUCAUUGCUCUGGGAGGCGGCGUUGUCGGCGAUUUGACGGGCUUUGUUGCGGCGACUUAUAUGCGGGGCGUCCGAUAUGUACAGGUUCCAACAACGUUGCUCGCCAUGGUCGAUUCGUCUAUUGGUGGCAAGACAGCUAUCGACACACCUCUAGGCAAGAACCUCGUGGGGGCUAUCUGGCAACCACAGCGAAUCUACAUCGAUCUCGAAUUUCUCGGAACUCUGCCUCGACGAGAGCUGAUCAAUGGCAUGGCCGAAGUUAUCAAGACCGCUGCGAUUUCCGACGAGGAGGAGUUCAUUGCACUUGAGCGCAACGCGGAACGUAUUAUGGCUGCUGUGAAUGCAGACAUCAGCAAAGGUGCCUCUCGCUUCAAAGACAUCGAGACCAUCCUCAUUCGAAUUAUUUCUGCAUCUGCGAGUUUCAAGGCCCACGUCGUGACCAUCGACGAGAGAGAAACUGGCCUUCGUAACCUGCUGAACUUCGGACACUCGAUUGGGCAUGCAAUGGAAGCUUUCCUGACGCCUCAAGUGCUACAUGGCGAAUGUGUUGCGAUUGGCAUGAUCAAAGAAGCUGAACUCUCACGCUACCUCGGAAUCCUCAGCGGAGUUGCAGUCGGCCGUCUGCAGAAGUGUCUCACAGUAUAUGGCUUGCCAACACGGCUUGACGACGAAAAGGUCCGGAAGCUCUCCGGUGGCAAGGUCUGCACGGUCGACGGCAUGCUCAAGAAGAUGGGCGUCGACAAGAAGAACGAUGGCGCAAAAAAGAAAGUAGUCCUCCUGUCAGCGAUUGGCCGGACUUACGAGCAGAAGGCCAGUGUUGUCUCGGACACUGAUUUGCGGGUUGUGCUUUCCCCUAGCGUCGAGGUGGUCCCUGGCGUGCCACGAGAUCUCAGCGUCGUCUGCGUUCCUCCAGGCUCAAAGAGCAUUUCAAAUAGAGCUCUCGUCCUCGCCGCUCUUGGCCAAGGCACCUGCCGAAUCAAGAACCUGCUCACCUCGGCGGAUACCGAAGUCAUGCUGGAAGCACUGACUCGGCUUGGAGCCGCGACCUUCUCCUGGGAAGAGGACGGUGAGGUCUUGGUCGUGAACGGCAACGGUGGUCGACUCGAGGCCACCGAGCACCCACUGUACCUAGGCAAUGCUGGCACGGCUGCGAGAUUCUUGACAUCGGUUGCGACACUGACGCGACAGAGUCAUGUGGCAUCAACAGUUCUGACUGGCAAUGCUCGAAUGAAGCAACGGCCCAUUGGUGACCUUGUCGAUGCAUUGAAGGGUAAUGGUGCUGGGAUCGAGUACAUGGAGAGCAACGGAAGCCUUCCACUCAAUAUUGCAGCUUCAGCCGGCUUCAAUGGCGGCGAAAUCAAACUCGCAGCGAAGGUAUCAUCGCAAUAUGUCUCGUCUUUACUAAUGUGUGCGCCCUAUGCGAAGAAACCUGUCAGUCUCAAACUGGUAGGGGGCAAGCCUGUAUCACAGCCCUACAUUGACAUGACGAUCGCAAUGAUGGCUUCUUUUGGCGUGCAAGUCCAGAAGUCAAAGACGGAGGAACAUACCUACCACAUCCCGCAAGGCACCUACAGAAAUCCGGAAGAAUAUGUCGUGGAAAGUGAUGCCAGCUCCGCAACCUACCCUCUCGCCAUUGCCGCGAUGACAGGCACGACGUGCACCAUCCCAAACAUCGGCUCAGCGUCUCUUCAAGGUGAUUCCGCCUUUGCCAUAGAUGUCCUGCGACCCAUGAGGUGCGAAGUCAAGCAGACAGCUUCCUCAACCACAGUGACAGGACCACGCAGUGGCAAGUUGCUACCUCUACCAAAUAUCGACAUGGAGCCCAUGACCGACGCCUUCCUGACAGCUUCAGUCCUCGCAGCAGUAGCACAAGGAAGCAAGUCAAACACCACACGCAUCUACGGCAUCGCGAAUCAGAGAGUAAAAGAGUGCAAUCGCAUCCAAGCGAUGGAAGACGAACUGGCCAAAUUCGGCGUCACUUGCCGGCAAUUCGACGAUGGUAUCGAAAUCGACGGUAUCGAUCGCUCGCAGCUACAACAACCGCCCGGAGGCGUCCACUGCUACGACGACCACCGCGUCGCCAUGAGUUUCAGCGUUCUCGCUCUCGCAGCCCCCCAGCCUACCCUUAUUCUCGAAAAAGAAUGCACGGGAAAAACAUGGCCCGGUUGGUGGGACACCAUGGCCCGCCAAUUCGCCGUGAAGCUGCAAGGUGUCGAACUCGAAGCGGCCACCACCUCGAGCGCGAAGAAACUAGAUAGAAGCGCCGCCUCAAUUUUCAUCAUCGGCAUGCGUGGCGCCGGGAAGACAACCUCCGGCCGAUGGGCUGCUCGCUCACUCGGCAAGAAAUUAGUCGACUUAGAUACAGAGCUCGAAGUCCGCGAGCGAAAGACCAUCCCCGAGAUCAUCCGUGAGCAUGGCUGGGAUCAUUUCAGGCAGGUAGAGCUUAACCUGCUCAAAUCCGUCAUGAGGGAUAUGUCGAACGGUUACAUCUUCGCCUGUGGCGGCGGCAUCGUCGAGACGGCUGAAGCCCGCCAACUGCUGAUCGAUUGGCAUCAAAAGAAAGGGCACGUUCUGCUCGUGGAGCGGGAUAUCGCCGAAGUGAUGGAUUUCCUGCAGAUCGACAAGACCCGCCCGGCCUACGUGGAGGACAUGAUGGGCGUAUGGCUGCGGCGCAAGCCAUGGUUCGAACAGUGCAGCAACAUACUCUACUACAGCCAGAGUAUCCCCAACGAGCAGAUGUCCGAGGCGGCCGAAGACUUCGACCGGUUCUUGCAGUUCGUAACGGGCAAGACCGAUGUUCUCUCCAAGGUGAAGCAGAAGUCGGAGAGCUUCUUCGUUGCGCUGACAUUCCCGGACCUGCGACCCCAUCUGAGCAUUCUGCCGGAAGUCUGUCUCGGCAGCGAUGCGGUGGAACUGCGCGUCGACCUGCUCAAGGAUCCAAAUUCGCCCAACGACAUCCCCUCGGCGGAUUAUGUGACGAGUCAACUCUCCCUGCUCCGCGCGACAGUGCCCUUGCCCGUAGUCUUCACGAUCCGCACGCUCGCACAGGGCGGCAAGUUCCCGAACGAUGCACACGCCGAGUACUUGAAUCUCUGCACGUUGGCCAUGCGGAUGGGCGCGGAAUUCGUCGACGUGGAGGUCGCGUCUCUCCCGGAGAACAUUCUGACCAAACUCCUGGCGUUCAAGAAUAAUUCACAAUCCAAAGUCAUUGCCUCGCAUCACGACCCGCAGGGGAUGUUGUCGUGGUCACGGCCCGGCAGUUGGAUCCCCAUCUACAACAAAUGCAUACAACACGGGGCCGACAUCGUCAAGCUGAUCGGCGUCGCGGGAUCGCUGGACGACAAUUUCGCGCUCCGCCGGUUCAAGCAGUGGUCCCACGGCCAACAUCCUGACCUCCCGCUCAUCGCCAUCAACAUGGGCACGACGGGCCAGAUCUCGCGCAUCCUCAACGGGUUCAUGACCCCGGUGUCUCAUCCCAGCCUCCCCUUCAAAGCCGCCCCGGGACAACUCUCGGCGCAGGAGAUCCGGAGAGGUCUCACGCUCGUGGGCUCCAUCUCACCCAAGCAAUUCUACCUCUUCGGCUCGCCCAUCUCAGCGAGCAAGUCGCCGGCCCUGCACAACACGCUGUUCCACCACACGGGACUCCCGCACGUGUACCAACUCUGCGAGACCACCGACCUGGAGGUCAUCAAGGCGACGAUCCGGCGAGCGGACUUUGGCGGCGCCAGCGUCACCAUCCCGCUCAAGCUGGACAUCAUGCCGCUGCUGGACGCCGUGGACGCGUCGGCCCGCCUCAUCGGCGCGGUCAACACCAUCGUGCCGACCGGCAACAACACGCUCACAGGCUACAACACUGACUAUCUCGGCAUGGCGGACUGCUUGCGCGGGGCCGGCGCGUCCGCGGCCCUCGGCGACGCCGACCCCUCGGCCCUGGUCAUCGGCGGCGGCGGCACCGCCAGAGCGGCCAUCCACACGCUCCACUCGAUGGGAUACCAGCCGAUCUACCUCCUCGGACGAAACCACGGCAAGAUGAUCGAGCUGGCGCGGUCGUUCCCGCCAGUCUACGACCUCGUCGUCCUCGACGCGGCGCUCGGAGGGGACGCCGUCGUCGACAAAAUGACUACCACCAACACGACCGCGGACGCGCGGCCCGGCCUGCCCGUCGUCGCCAUCGCCACCAUCCCCGCCAACAUCCCUAUCGAUCCCGUCCUGGGCGAGGCGCUAAAGGCCGUGUUCACGCACUCGAAACGCAGCGCGACGAGCUCGGCGCCCAAGGGACAAGGCACGUCUCCUCCGGCGCGCACGCUCCUCGAGUUGGCGUACAAGCCCGCGAGGACGGCCGUGAUGGAAAUGGCCGAGCAGCUGGGCGGGUGGCGGACGGUGCAGGGGCUGGAAACGCUCGUCACGCAGGGCAUGUGGCAGUUUGAGUUGUGGACGGGGAUUCGUGUCAGGGAUCUGGGCGGGCCGAUCAGUCGGGUGAGUUAA